AAUGAUGGAUUUGGACAUUUUCACAUGAUAUAAUCCCACUGCUGAUGGACAUGCACAAAAGAAUUUUAAUUUUAUUUUAUUUUAUUUUGUUAAUUGUGUGAACGCACAGUUUCGGAGCAUUAAUCAGGUUCAUUUGAAACUAGAAGACGACUAAAUAAAAGUUUUCUUGUUUUUGUUUUGUUUUUGAACAAAUUACGAAUUUAUACACACACACACACACACACACACACUUUAAAUAGGCCUAUUAUAAUAGGCAAAAUUAACCCACUUUUAAAAUCUUAUUGAAGUGUUUUAACAGUACUGGUCGUGUAUUUGUUAGUGAUGUAUUUUUAAAUGCAUUCAAUUAUUAGUGAGCUCUAGGCUUUUGGAUUAUUAGAAUAUUUAGAAUAAAAUAAAUAGAAGAUUAGAUUAUGUUAAAAUUUACCGAACUGAUGCAGUUUAUAGACAAAGUAUAGAUCAUUUUUUAAACUCCUUUUAUACUACUCCAAAGCUUUUAAUGUACGAAUAAUUUACCUCUCAAGUCUGCAGGCCAUCCAGCCGAGUCGGAUGCGCGUGCCGUUUCAUAGCUAACCUUUAUAAUGAAUCGUUUUUCAGUGCAUAUUUUUGGACGAGCAGAAGAGCACCGCUGCCGUUUAAUUUUUGCCUGAAAUGGAGCCGUUUCUGAUUUGGUUUCUCUCUUAAACAGGCUCUGGCACGCAAUAUGAGUGAAAAUGGGAAAGAUUAUUCAUCUCGAGAGGUGUCUAACAUCAGCGGCUGCACGCGAUGGAGACGCUUUAUGAGUCCAACAUCCGAGUCCACGCGCUCUGAACAGUUAGGAUUUCGUGCGACUGCAAACCGCGAGAAACACCUGAAAAAUACGAUGACUGUUUAUUUUGACGGUUACCAUGGCGAUUGUUGAGUUUUUCUCUUUUAUUAAUAGGCCAAAUUGAGGUAAAAAUGCAGACAAAUCAGUGGCGAUCGGCUGUUUUGAAGGGACGCAGGUGCAUCUAUCUGUAAAACAAAACGACAACAAACACAGCCCUUCAUUUGAGAGACCUUCAUAUAUAUAUAUAUUUUUUCAGAGGUGUUUAAAAUCAGAUGGAAAAUGACCUAAUGCAACAAGUCCAGCAUUUCAAACACUUUUCCGUCUCGGUGGUGGUGGUACCAUCCUUUAAGUAUCUUCUACCUUGGAAAGUUCAUGUGAUCUAGCUUUAAUUAGCAUCCAAGUAACAUAAAACUUUUCAAACCUUCAAAAUAAAUAUUCUCUGCUGAUUGGACCAUUUUUUUUGUCAAGAAAUCUGUCGUAUCAAUAACCUUCGGUACCAUCGUCAUCAAUUUAUUCUGUUGUUACACGAUGUGGCCAAAAGUUGUGGCCAUCUGAGCAUCAUAUCUAUAUCUGGGCCUUCCCCAAAGUUGAAAGCACACAGCUGUAUCUGUAUAGUAUGUGGAAUUUUUAGCCACAUAGUGUAUAUUGAUAUGUUUGAUUUGUCUCACUAUUAUCCAGCUCUUCACUUAUAGAAUGAAAAAAAAAAAGGAAAAUAAAAGGGCGUAACAUUUGAGCUACAAAAGGUCAAAGUGUGAUAGUAUCAGUCACAAUUCUACAAACCACCUGUCAUGCUAAAUGUAACAUAGCACUAUCAAACAUUUAUUUAUAGGAGAUUUUUCUUUCCUUACUCAUUAUCUCACAAACAAAACCUCAGCUCUUGUUUUUGUUCAUAAAUAAUCUAGGGUAAAUCCCUGUCCACUUAUCAUACUCUGUCUACAAGUUGGGAUGACAGCAAUGGUUCAUGAAACUGUGAGGAUUCUUGACAUAGACAUGACUCAUUACCACAUAUCAUCACCGUCUGGACUGUCUUUUGCUCUUUCUAGCACUUGUUUAUAAAAACAAAGUAUCUGUGAAGAAUCUGUCACGAUAGCAGAGGUGAUUCUUCAUACUGAGAGCUGCGCCACCUUCGAAGUGAAAGUUCUCAUCCCUUAGUUCAUAGACAUGAACUUUUGCUCAAAGUGCACAAAACUUGCCUUUCUACAAAAUACCUUCAACCAGCACCGAUCACCUUCUGCUGACUCUGUGGACUAUAUCUGUUUUGUCUAAUGCCCCAGCUACCCAGUCUGGUUUGACGGAUUUGCUACUAUUUACAAUGAUCAGGCAUAACAUUAUGACCACCUGCCUAACAUCGUGUUGAUCCCUCUUUUGCUGCUAAAACAGCCCUGACCCGUCCUGCACUGUGUAUUCUGAGCCCUUUCUAUCAGAACCAGCAUUAACUUCUUCAGCAAUUUGAGCAACAGUAGCUCGUCUGUUGGAUCGGAUCACACGGGUCCAUCAAUGAGCCUUGUUCACCACUGUUCCUUCCUUAGACCACUUUUGAUAGAUACUGACCACUGCAGACCGGGAACACCCCACUGCCGUUUUGGAGAUGCUCUGAUCCAGUCGUCUAGCCAUCACAAUUUGGCCCUUUGUCAAACUCGCUCAAAUCCAUUUUACCUGCGUCUAACACAUCAACUUUGAGGACAAAAUGUUCACUUGCUGCCUAAUAUAUCCCACCCACUAACAGGUGCCAUGAUGAGGAGAUUAUCAGUCAUUCACUUCACCUGUCAGUGCCCAUAAUGUUAUGUCUGAUCGGGUGUAUAAGCAACCACUGACCUACAAUCUUCAGGUCCCUAAACUCACGAGACCCAUACAGGUCACCACACUCUGGAAGCCCCCACAGCCUGAGACAGUGGUGUCAAAUCCCCUUUGAAGGUUUUUUUUUUUUUCGUGAGCCCAUAUCCAUGAACAAAUUCUGUACCACCAUAGCUCACCAUGAGACUGUUUUCCAAAGCUGGACUACAUCUGUUCUUAAAUGGAUUUGAGAUCUCACCUGUCCAUUUGACCUCUGCUCAAGGAUUCUUGCUCUGCUGCACCCCCCGAUAAAAUCCCUCCUUGCACUAUAAACAUUGCUGGCCUCACUCUAAAACCUCAGACCUGCAUAUUGCUAAGGUACUUACUUAUCUCUUAGAUAUUCCUACCACUAGUUUUUGCUUGAACUGCCCAGACUUACUCCUUACUCCUUGAACUGCCCAGCCAUACUUGAUCUAGCUAUCCCGACUACCCCUUUCCAUCUGGCACAAGUGGACUAAUCAAAUUCCUGGUUACCCUGGUCACUAAAGCUACUGACUUUGGGUACCAUUGCUUAAUCGGACAUGUUCUGUUCAGAGUCCUACCUUUACUUCAAUCACCUGACACCUUUAUCCAAACCUACAUAUAUUCAAGACAGCAUACAGCUGAUCCAUUGAGAGUUAAAGGCAAGAACCCAACCACAGAAGCUUGGCAGUCCUGGAAUUUGAAAGGACAACCUUCCGUUCAGUAGCCCAUUGCCUUAACCAUUGACUGCUGAAGUGUAGCUAGAAGAUUUUUUGACAGCUAGAUCUUACUAAAUGUUCAUGGUCUGUCCAUUUUCGUUUGCUGUGCACAUUCUUGAAUACUUUUCCUGUAUAUGUUCUGGCUUCUUGCACUUUAGAAAUAUAACGUGACCUUCUUCCAAUACCAGGAUGUUCUGACCUUGUUGUUCUUUUCAGAUGCUACUCUGUGCAUUGGCUUAAGUACUACAACAGUUGUUGGUUUUCUUCCUGCUGACUUCAGUUCGCUCUUGAAUCUUGUAGCAAUGGACGAAAACAGAACCUCUUACAACGCAUCCUUUGAAAACUUUACCCACGAAUAUCCCUAUGAUUAUGAGAACUGCACAGGCAAUUACUGCACUCCCAUUGAGGUUUGUGAGCCUGACAACAGCCAGGAGUUGGCCAGCAUGUCUGUCCAAGUCUCGGUCUUCAUUGUUGCCUUCCUCCUUGGUGUAAUUGGGAACAGUUUGGUAAUUGCCACAUUCGCCAAGUAUCGGCGUCUCCGUCUGCGCUGCAUGACUGAUGUCUUCCUCUUCUAUCUUGCAAUUUCUGACCUGCUGCUUCUGCUGACUUUGCCACUGGAGACCACCGAAACCAUCCUGGGCUACUGGGUGCUUGGAAACAUGAUGUGCAAGCUAAACUAUGGCCUUUGUGCCAUUAACACGUAUGGUGGCUUGUUGUUGUUAGCAUGCAUCAGCAUUGAUCGCUACAUGCUUGUCGUAUGGGCCAGGGCUGCUCAGGCGCUACGUCCAAGUAUGCUAUGCUACAGUAAGCUGUCUGCAAUUGGCGUGGCGGUGACAUCCUUGGUCCUCAGCUUGCCAGAGCUCUUGUCCACCUCCGUGAAUCAUAGUUCGUUGAGGUGCGAAUACGUAGGGAACGAGGAUGACAAGGGGAGGGUAAAGAUGUGGGCACGUGUGGCAAAGAUUACAGGAUUCUGCGUGCCAUGCGUUGCCAUGCUGGUGUGUUACAGCACCAUCGGCCACGUGUUGAUGCAGGGCCGGGGGAGAUGUUUUCGCAGGCAGAAGACACUGCGACUCAUAGUAGCACUGAUUGUGCUCUUCUUGCUGUUCCAGCUGCCGUAUGCCAUAGUGCUGUCUAUCCGAAUGUUUAUAACCAGUUAUUCGUGUGAGCAGUGGUCAGGCAUUCACAUCGCCGAGGACAUCACCCGCAGUCUUGCUUACGUCCGCUGCUGCCUCAACCCCCUGCUCUACGCCCUUGUGGGGGUAAGAUUCCGAAACGACGUGAUGCGGCUGUUGCGUGAUUGUGGUUGCAUCUGUAAUUGUCUCUCACACCUGAUACCAAAACUGGAAUAUGGAAGCUCAGUGACUCUCUCAUCUCCUCCUCCUACUAGUACUAUGCUCUAUGAGGUUAAUUCACCUAAAAUCUUGCUUGAUACUGCCACAAAUCCUGCAGGUGUGCCUCAGGCUGGGGCCAAAGUAACAUAUGCAUCCAAUAUAUUUUUCCCUUCAACCUUUCCAUAUUCGCAACAACCUGGGAAUUUUGUUUUUUCAUCCUACCAGUGAACUUUCUGGUUUUAUCGUAUAUGUAAGAAAUAAAUCUCAUUGGCCGCUAUGCUCGUUUUGAGAAGUAAUCAGAAUGUUACUGUUUCUACCCUGUCGUUGAUUAUGUUCCUUUAAAUGCAAGUGUUUUAUAAAAACUUGUGUUAUAACAAUCAAUCCUUUAGUGACUUGCCAUGUUACCAAGAAACAGGAAAGCCCUCUGUUCCGAUACUGGAGACUCCUUCUCUUAAGUUUCACUGCCUACAGAAAACUGGUAUAUUAUUUGCCUUAAAUCCAAUUAGCUGUUACUAUAUAAUCUUUUUAUAUGCUUUGCAGCUGAAACUAAUGUCAGAGUAGCUGUUAUAGGAACUGAAUCAGAACAGAGAAAACAUUUUAGAUGAGGUUGUGUUCCUGUUUCGUUCCAUCAUCAGCAACGUAAUGGAUCUUUUUUUUCUUUACAGACUGGAAAACCUGUAAUAUAACAAGAUCAAGAUAUUUCUUAUACAUUUCAGCCUUAGCUCUAAUAUCAAAUAUCAUUAAAUAUAUUUGUGAUCAUCUUUUUUUUCUCCAAGUCUUAAAACUCUCUUAUUAUUGUCAUAAUAAGUCAAAGCGAGUGGUGAACCUGCUUCCUGUAAAUGCUUGUGUUUGUAAUUUAUGCAUGUAGUUGUAAUUUACUAUGAAUU